GUGCGUCGUAAGGGAAAAAAGCAAAAGGAAUGAAUGAGGGAGACAGCGGCGGGAGGGAAGGGAGCUCCUGAGAAGAGCUGAUGAUGCAAGCAAAGAAGCUCGGCGGUCGGGUAAAAGGAACAGCGCCCCCAUCCAGCGGGUGAAGUGAGGAGUGGGAGGUGCGAUUGACAGCUACUGAAAGGAACAGCCACUGUGAACGUUCCAGUCCCAGCAGAGGGAGGCACUCUGGAAGAGCUUGGUCCUGGAAGCCAGAGUGGAGGUUGCAGUCGCCACCAGCUGCAAUAGUAGCUAGCCAGCAAGUAGCAGCAAGCAAACCACCGCAGUCCUGGCUGGGAGGGAUCUUGGAGCAAGCAGGCAGGCAGGAACCAGAGGAGGAGGAGGAGGCUGGCUCGAUCCAGAUCCAGACCCAGGCAUCGUGGAAGCAAUGGAUCGGAAGAGGUGGGAGUGCUCAGCUCUCCCGCAGGGAUGGAAAAGGGAAGAAGUGACCAGAAAAUCGGGGCUCUCUGCUGGCAAGAGUGAUGUCUAUUAUUAUAGUCCAAGUGGGAAGAAAUUCCGCAGCAAACCUCAGCUGGCCCGUUACUUGGGUAACUCCAUGGACCUGAGCUCGUUUGACUUCCGAACAGGGAAGAUGCUAAUGAGCAAGGUGAACAAAAACCGGCAAAGGAUGCGCUAUGACUGUUCAAGCCAAACCAAGGGUAAACCUGAUCUAAACACCACACUUCCUGUGAGGCAGACAGCUUCAAUUUUUAAGCAACCAGUCACUAAGAUCACAAAUCAUCCCAGCAAUAAAGUGAAGACUGACCCCCAAAAAGCAGUUGACCAACCCCGACAGCUCUUCUGGGAAAAGAAACUAAGUGGCUUAAAUGCCUUUGACAUUGCAGAGGAGCUGGUGAAAACAAUGGACCUUCCAAAGGGUUUGCAAGGUGUGGGACCUGGAUGUACUGACGAGACUCUCCUUUCAGCCAUUGCCAGUGCCUUGCAUACCAGCACAAUGCCCAUCACUGGACAGCUUUCUGCUGCUGUUGAGAAAAACCCCGGGGUCUGGCUAAACACUUCUCAGCCUCUCUGCAAAGCCUUCAUGGUGACUGAUGAAGACAUCAGGAAGCAAGAAGAGCUGGUUCAGCAAGUGAGGAAGAGACUAGAGGAAGCCUUGAUGGCUGACAUGCUUGCUCAUGUGGAAGAGAUAGCCAGGGAUGGUGAGACACCUGCAGUAAAGGGUAACGAAGAAGAAGAAGAGGAGGAGGAGGAAGAUGGUGAUCGUGUACAGGAAAUGGAGAAUGUAUAGUCCAGGGUGUUUUUUCCAAGAACUAGCCUGCACUUGGUCAAUGCAGAGGCAAGUGCAUCUUCAAAAUGCCGUGCACUAACUAUAUCUGCGUGUGUGAAUGUGUUUGGCUUCAGUUCACAAGAAGCUGAAGGGACCAGUCAGACUGAGUAGUUUGAAGAAGAAUUUGCUGAGCUCAGUUUUUUUUUUCUUUCCUCUGCCCCCUCAUUUUUCUCUUAAAAAGUAUCAUGGGGCAAUAGAGGAAUCAAAAAAGUUAUUCACGAAUUAUGAACAUAAUCCCUUUGUCUCAUUUCCAGACUAGCAAUUGAAACAGGUUUCCCAAGUUUCUUCUAAUAGUGUCUGAACAUGCCCUAAACGAAUUGGCUUAGCCCAGAGAUGCCAGGAAGAAAUUCUGUCUAAGUUUUCUCUACAUAAUUGAAGUCACAUAUAACAACAUAUUUUUGGUGAUAUAGGUAAGCUAUUCCACUUGUAAAAUCUUGCCAUGGGGUCUUCAUUUUCUGACCUGAUUAUUUAAUUUGGGUUCGUUUUAUUUGCUUU